AUGGGUUGCUUCUCAUUCUCAUUCUCAUUCUUCUUUAUGUGCUGCGUUUUCCUUCCAAGUUUCACUUUCUCGGCCUCCGUUUCCACCCACACAAUCAGCCCCGAUUUCACAGCCUCCAACUUCGAAUUCAUCAACACCAGUGGCGCUUUCUUACGCUCUCAAAAUGGUACUUUCAAAGCCACAAUUCGAUGCCAGUCCACCCUCCUCAAAUAUUACUUCUCAAUCGUCCAAAGUGCCACCAAAAUCAUAAUCUGGUCAGCCAACCACGACAGACCCAUGUCAAGCUCUGACAAGUUGUCACUAACUGUUAACGGCCUCACGGUCACAAACCAAACUGGUCAAACACUCUGGUCAACCCCGCAAUUCAAUUCUGAUAUUUCUGCUCUGCAGCUUUCAGAGACAGGAAAUCUCGUUUUAGUUGAUGCAGGAAACAAUACGUUGUGGGAGAGUUUUGAUCAUCCAACGGACACUAUUGUCAUGGGACAGAGAAUUCCUAUUGGAAAAUCAUUGCAAAGCGCUGUGACAGACGAGGACAUGUCGGUGGGUGAUUAUCGACUUGAAGUUACUGACAGGGAUGUGGUGCUGCAAUGGAAUAAGAUGAAUUAUUGGGAAAUGUCCAUGGAUCCAAAGGCUGUCAGGAACUGUAACAAGGCCGUAUCGUUGAUGGUGAUGAAUGGUACAGGUUUGUAUUUGCUAGCAAGUGAUAAUUCCACGGUUGUUCAAGUAGCUUUGAAUGGUUCAGCAAGUUUUAGGAGUGGUAAGUUGGGUUUCGAUGGCAGAUUUAGCAUCGUCAGAAGCUGGAUAGACGAAUGGGAGGAAGAAUUUUUAGGACCAUUUGAGGAUUGUGAUCUUCCUCUCUAUUGUAAAGAAAUUGGAUUGUGCACUCUGGGUGGAAUUUGUUCUUGUUUACCAGAAUUCAGUUAUCAAACCAAUGGUGAUUGCAUGCCAGUGAAUAGAUCGCUUUCUCUGCCUUCAGCUUGUACUGCGGCUAGAAAUGGCAGUCAAUUGAAUUCCUCUAUUUCCUAUCUAAAAUUCGGCCCUGGUAUGGACUAUUUUGCUAAUAAUUUCAGGGAACCCGUGAAAAAUAAUGUAACGUUGUCGGUUUGCCAAGAUUUAUGCUCUCAAAGUUGUUCUUGUCUGGGUUUUUUCCAUGAAAUUUCUUCUGGUUCUUGUUAUCUUCUUGAAAACCAUUUAGGUUCUUUCAUUUGGACAGGCCAAAGUACGGACCGUUUGGGUUAUAUUAAAGUUUUGGUUGGUUCUUCUCAUGGAAACUCAUUUGGGUCUAACAUAAAUCAGAAACAAAACUCAUCAGUCGCAGGUUUGGUACUAUUACCUUUAACAGGAUUCUUAAUACUAAUAGUGUUUGUAAUCAUUGCAAUCCUUUGGUUAAGGAAAAAGCGGCUUUCUAAAACCAAAACUGUAAAACUAGGCCAGAGUAACUCGUUAUUAUCUGCAGACCUAGAGAUGAUCUCCAUCCCAGGCUUACCAAGAAGGUUUGAUUAUGAAGAGUUAGCAGCUGCUACUGAGAACUUCAAGAACAAGAUUGGUCAUGGUGGCUUCGGUACUGUAUACAAAGGAACUCUGACAGACCAAACUAUUGUGGCAGUGAAGAAGAUUACAAGUUCGGGAGUCCAAGGGAAGAAGGAGUUUUAUUCUGAGAUUUCAAUAAUUGGGAACAUCCGCCAUGUCAAUUUGGUUAGAUUGACAGGUUUUUGUGCACAAGGGAAGCAGCGCUUUCUUGUUCUUGAGUAUAUGAACAGAGGCUCAUUGGACAGUACACUCUUUGGUGAUGGUCCUGUUUUACAAUGGGGAGAGAGAGUGGAAAUAGCACUUGGAACAGCUAGGGGACUUGCUUACUUGCAUAGCGAAUGUGAGCAAAGGAUCAUCCACUGUGAUGUGAAGCCAGAGAACAUUCUCUUGCAUGACAAUUUACAUGUAAAAAUCUCCGAUUUUGGGAUUUCGAAGCUCACAAGUCGUGAAAAAUCCACUUUUUUUACUACAAUGAGAGGAACUCAAGGUUAUCUCGCACCGGAGUGGUUGACAAGUUCAGCAAUUUCUAACAAGGUUGAUGUAUAUAGUUAUGGCCUAUGA